UUAUACCUUGUACUCGUAGUGCGGUCUAGUUGUUAAAUUCAUAUGAAUCGUGUCUCUUCAAAUUGUAUGGGAUUUAUGCGUGUUUGCUUUAAUCGUUAAUAUUUUGACAAACACAAAAAAAUAACCUCAUCAAUUUAAAAGAAUACACACAGCAGUAAAUCAAGAUUGCCAUCAGGUUAUUAUGUUACUCAACAAAACCAGAUUGGUUGGCUUCACAAAUAGCUCGCGAAAGUGCAAUAUGGAGAGCAAUACCACGUCAGAUGUAGUAAUUUUAAGUGGCAAUUCCCAUCCAGAACUUGCUGACCUAAUAGCGAAUCGUUUGGGUGUACGUAAAGGAGGAUGUUCAGUUUAUCACAAGACAAACAGAGAAACAAUGGUUGAAAUUGCAGAUUCAAUCAGAGGGAAAAACAUUUAUAUAGUUCAGACAGGAACAAAGGAUGUUAACAACAAUAUCAUGGAACUAUUGAUAAUGGCUUAUGCUUGUAAGACCUCAUCGGCGAGUUCAAUAGUGGGAGUCAUUCCAUAUUUGCCGUACAGCAAACAAUGCAAAAUGAGAAAACGUGGUUGCAUCGUUACCAAACUAUUGGCUAAAAUGAUGUGCAAGUCCGGCCUCUCACAUAUAAUCACAAUGGAUUUACAUCAAAAGGAAAUACAAGGUUUCUUUGAUUGUCCUGUCGACAAUUUGAGGGCGUCUCCUUUCCUAUUACAGUACAUACAAGAGAGUAUACCCGAUUAUCGCAACUCAGUUAUAGUAGCCCGAAACCCUGGUUCGGCCAAGAAGGCGACAUCAUACUCAGAACGGCUGAGACUUGCCAUAGCAGUUAUACAUGGAGAACAAAAAGAAGCUGAGAGUGAUGAGGUGGAUGGACGGUACUCACCACCUUGCAUGCCCAGUGUGGACAGAUCUCGCACCAUGGAUGUCUCAGUAGGAGUUCCUGUGCACCCUGCCAAGGAAAAACCUCCAAUAAAUGUGGUUGGAGAUGUUGGGGGUAGAAUCGCUAUCAUGGUGGAUGACAUGAUUGAUGACGUCCAAUCAUUUGUGGCCGCCGCUGAAGUUUUAAAAGAGUGUGGAGCUUAUAAAAUAUAUGUCCUGGCAACACACGGCCUGUUGUCAUCCGAUGCACCCCGACUGAUCGAGGAUUCUCCUAUUGAUGAAGUUGUAGUCACAAACACUGUUCCUCACGAGCUGCAGAAGAUGCAGUGCAACAAAAUUAAAACAAUUGACAUAUCAGUCCUGCUGAGCGAGGCCAUUCGUCGUAUACACAAUAAGGAAUCAAUGUCCUAUCUCUUCAAAAAUGUUACUCUGGAAGAUUAAAUCACUUUUAUGUUUUGUUUUACCAUGUAAAGAUAGUAUUAAAUAUAGUAUCAUAAAUAGUAAGUAUUAUUUUCUCAGUAUAUAUCUGUAUGUAUGCAUUCAUCAGGUUUUUUUUAUUUUUGUUAUGGCAAUGUUUAGGUUUACUCGUAAGAAUCAUGCACCACAUAUAUCUGGUUGUCAAAGGAACAAAUUAGUGGAUAUGCCGUGUAGGAAAAAUUGGGAUUACUUAAUUUUUAUAAUAAUUGUAUCUAAGAAAUAUGCUCUCAUAAGCAUACUCAAACACCACAACCUUCGUUAGACCACUAUAACAUUACAGCUGCUUUUUGUUAUUAAAGACUUAAUUUUAUUUGAUUAUUUAAUCGAUCUGCCGGCGACUGAGAAUGUACUGUGAUUUUGUAUCUUGUGAAUGAUGUGAUUCAAAAUUAUUAAUGCCAAGUCCAAAGCUUUUAUGAUAAAAAUGAUUUAAAGUAACUUAAUAGAUAUUGUAUAAAAAUUAGACUUAGAUCUUGAAUAUAUCAUUGUUAAAUAUGUAAACGAUUUCAUUAAAUAUUUUUGUGGUC